AGGAUUGGAUGUUACGAGGAUUUGUUUUUUAUUUAUUUUAUAGCUUAAAAUGUCUCAAUUUAUACAGUCAAAUAUACCAGACUAUGAGUUUAAUCAAGACAUAUUUAAAACUUUACCUGCCGAAAACAUUUGCGUGUGUUGUUUGGCUACAGAAGUUCCAUUUAUAAAUCUGGCUAAAUGUAAACAUUCAGGUUUUUUUGAGUAUGUCUUCAAAUUCAAGAUGUCGCUACAAGGUAUACUGGUCUGCUUUAUGUGUCAUCAUAAAUUGAAAACAGUGGAACUCUUCAAAAGGAAAGUGGAACAGAGUUUUGUUAUAUUAAACGAACAGGUUGAACAUUUGAAAUUAAACAAAACAAUUACACAUAAUUUACAAUUUUCCGCCAUUGAUUUAACGGAUAAUAUCGAGACCAUAGACAAUGAACCAAUCAAAGAAGAAGACAAUCAUCCUCUAUUCGAUGAAAUCACAACGGAGGUGAAAAUCGAACAUGAAAGUUCUGACGACGUAGACUUGCCGCUGUCUCAAAUUAAAAAAGAUAUUAGAAAGAAGAAAAAAAAAGGCAUAGACAAGAAGAAGGUUAAGAGUGGUAUACACGAUAAAUACGAGGGGAAGAUCCGUAUAGUUGUACUUACUAACGAAGAGAUGAUGAGUGAAAGAGACAGGGAGAGACGGAAAGACGCAUACCUGAAGUUGCCAUAUAAAUGUGAAUAUUGUAUUACUGGUUUUGAUCAUGAAUUAACUUUGAAAGACCAUAUGGAGAAAAGGCAUAAACAAAAAAACGGAGGAUUCAUAUGUGAUAUUUGCAAAUCCGUACUCAGUACUGAAAUAUCGUACAAGGAACACACGAAAAGACAUACAAGAAGGUACGAAUGCUGCGAGUGUGGUAAACGUAACAAUAACGUAUACUCUGUGGUGAAGCAUUACAAUGAACAGCAUGGCGUCAUCAGCACCACAUUCACCUGCCAGGAGUGUGGAUUUACUACACAAUCGCACCGCGGCUACAGAUACCACCGAGAUAAACACAAACAGAAGCAGCAUUGUACAUUGUGCGAUAGUACGUUUGUUAACAACGCCGGCCUCAGAGUGCAUAUGUACACGGUCCAUAAACAAUCAAGCCGAGUGUACUCUUGUGGCGCUUGCAAUAAGGUCUACAAUGCUAAAUCAGGACUCAUAGCUCACACUGCGUCCGCACAUUCAAACAAUACAGCGUACUGCACGCUAUGCCGCCGCCAUUUUAGAACUGAGCACAAUUUGGCACAUCAUCUCAGAACGAACUCCAAACAUAUCACAGAAAGAGAUAAAAGAUUUACAUGUGCGGAAUGCGACGCAAAGUUCAUAACGAAGAGUUCUCUCCAACAGCACAUCGACUUCGUUCACCUGAAGAACAGCAAAUACGUCUGCGACAAAUGUUAUAAGGUGUUCAAAAAUGGAUCAGCACUGAAGAAGCAUAUCAGUUUUGUACACGAGAAGAUACGACCGCCGCGGAAUAAAAUCUGUGAUUACUGCGGCCGAGGAUUUACUACGCUGACGAUCCUGCAGUCUCACAUCCGGACGCACACUGGUGAGAGGCCGCUACAGUGUUCGCACUGUCCGGCCACCUUCGCGCACUCCGCCGCGCUUUACACCCACAAUCGACUACUGCACCGGGACUUAUAGUCCACUUAUAAAUCGACUUUAUCACGGAUUUAUAUUCUAAUUCAAAGAGACAUUAUCAAUGUACUUAUAAUCCACGUUUAAAGCGACAUUAUCACGGACUUAUAGUCUAAUUAAAAGACAUGCCGAUGGGACUUAUAGUCCAGUUACAAGGUAUCAAGACCAGGGCACUUAUAUACAUACAUACUACGCGAUUUGACGCAGUUCAAAUAACCAAUUACAAUAUGAAGUUUUUUGUUGGAUGAAUAUAGU